UCGCCUGCAGGUUGAACUCCGCCUGGGACAGCAGCGGGCGGUGGUGUGGGGGGGCGGACUGAGUGGGUCGUUUCCUGUCAGAUAUACGCUGACGAAAAGGAAAGUGGGUGGAAAAAAAAAAAAAAACUCAGUUCGGCGCUGAAGCUUGAGUUCUAAUUAAUUUCUAUCCCCCCCCCCCUCCACUUCACCCCGAGGAGCUCUUUCUGUCUCGGCUAGCGAGCGACACGUUAGCUACUUCCGGAAAACAACCUUCGGACACAGAAAGUCAAGAUGAAGACCAGGAGAUGACAUUGUGACUAUGGAUCUGCGUUUGCUGUUUUAAAACGGGUUCAGCUUGAAAAAUGGAGACGUAAACAUCUGGACCGUGACAGCGUGUGCUUUUGAGGAGAUAACGGGAGGCUGAUCCUCCCCUGAUUAGAGGCUUGGACUUGGACGCUUCCUCAAGACAAUGGCUGCAACGGAAACCAAAGCCACCAGCAGCGCUGCGAGUCUGUCCUGGGCUCGUGUUUGUAAAGAAUGCGGCCAACAGCACGAGGGCCUGGAAACUCACCUGUACGAGUACGAGAAUGAGGUGGACGAUGAGUUGGUUUGCCACAUUUGCCUGCAGCCCCUCCUCAGACCCAUGGAUACUCCCUGCGGGCACACUUACUGCUUUCACUGUCUCAGCAACUUCCUGAAGGAGCAGGACUUUUGCCCCGUGGACCGCCAGCGCCUGCAGCUGCAUCAGUGUCGAUCCUCCAGCCUGCUGGUGAAGAACCUGCUGGACAAGCUGGUUGUGACGUGCCCUCACUAUGCGGAGUGCCAGCAGAAGAUGCAGCGAUGUGAGCUGCAGCCUCACCUGCACAACAGAUGUCCUGUCUUUAAGAGGCUGAGGGAAGAAGCGGAGAAGAGGAAGAGGCCCUCCUGGAAUGAGAUAAAAGGACGAAAGGGUGAAGGAGAGUUAUCUGGAGACGCCAAACAGCUGGCAACGGUGUCUCGAAAUCCCACCCGGGAUCAGUCUGAGCCUGGUCUGAUCAAUCCUGCUUAUGAGGAAAUCGACGACGACAACACGCCCCUGCGGUCCAGUCUGGUGGCCGAGGCCAACGUGGUGGAGCUGUUCAGAGACGAACCCGGGGAAGAGCUGGGCCUCCGCAUUGUGGGAGGAAAGGACACACCGCUGGGAAACAUAGUAAUCCAGGAGAUUAUCCGGGACUCCAUAGCCUCUCGUGAUGGCAGACUGGCUCCAGGGGACCAUAUCUUAGAGGUGAAUGACGUCAGCUUGGCUUCAGUCCCCCAUUCGCGGGCCAUGGCGGUGCUGCAGCAGCCCUCCCUCCUCAGGCUCACCGUCAUGCAGGAGAAAGGCUUCAAAAUAAGGGACCAGCGGUCCGACCCUCACCCCUCCACCUCCGCCGCCUCCCUGCCCUCUCACAGCCCGCACGGGAGCGGUCCCUCCGAUGGCAACCCCGGGAAAGUCCUGCAUGUCAUGCUGACGAAGACCCACCGCACGGAGCCGCUCGGCAUCAAACUCAUCCGGAAGUCCGACGAGAGCGGCGUUUUUAUCCUGGACCUGUUGCCCGGCGGUUUGGCGGCCAAAGAUGGGAAACUGAGGAAUAACGAUAAAGUUCUGGCCAUAAACGGACAUGACCUGAUGCACGGUACACCAGAGAGCGCCGCCAUGAUCAUACAGAACAGUGAAAAGUGUGUGAACUUUGCUGUAAUGAGGCCUGCAGAGAGUCCAGAAGAAGGAGGAAGCAGCAGAGAGGGCCAACCCAGCAGAGCAGUGAGGAGAGCCCCCGAGCCGCAGUACUACAGGCGGCAGACCACCUUCCUAAAGGACCCACCAGGUGGCUUUUCUUGUCAGGAGAAGACUGUGAGCCUGAAGAAGGAGCCUCGGACUUCUCUGGGCAUCACCAUAGCCGGGGGGAGGGACUGCCGAUGCAAGCUGCCCGUUUACAUCACUAGUGUGCAGCCUGUUGGCUGUCUGCACAGAGACGGCACCAUCAAACGAGGUGACGUUCUGCUGAGCAUCAACGGCGUCGACCUGACGCAGCUGACCUACAACGAGGCCGUCUCUGUACUGAAGGCCCAGACGGCUCAGUCCCAGGUGGUGCUGCGGGUUAUUCAGACCGUCUCCGAGAGCACCGAGGAGGACGCGGAGACCGGCAGCAGAGACGAGUUUGACCACAUGGACGACCAAAGAGACGAGAUCCGGACCUGGACGCCGCUGUGGACUCACUGGCUGGGGUUACCGAGUCAUAUGCACUGGUGCCGGGACAUCGUCCUGCAGAAGACCAACAGCGAGAGCUGGGGCUUCAGCAUCGUCGGCGGCUACGAGGAGAGCCACGGCCAGCAGCAGCCUUUCUUCAUUAAAACUAUCGUGCCUGGUACGCCCGCUCAUUUCGACGGCCGCCUAAAGUGCGGCGACGAGAUAGUGGCGGUGAACGGCGCUACGACGGUGGGGAUGAACAACUCGUCUCUCAUCCCGAUGCUGAAGCUGCAGAAGAACAAAGUCACCCUGACCGUGGUGUCCUGGCCGGGGAGUCUACUGUAACAAACUGUCUGUGUGUUCAGACGAGCACGCCAGUAGCCCUGUUCAGCUGCAUUCCUCUAAUCUAUCUCAAUCUCCUUAAUUUUUAUUAUUAUUUUUUUUAUUUUAUACAGAACAUUGUACAUAAUAGCUAUCAAAUGCACAGUCCAGUCUGUUGAAGCUGUUCGGGACUCAUGUAGAAACUGGUUGUAACAUUAAGGAGCACAAAUUAUAAAAGUGAAACUUAUAGUCGACACAAGCUUGGGAGCGUUCAGUUUUUUCUGGUUGAUUCUGUUUGUUGAUUAAAUCUCUGCCGUCAGUCGAUAGAAUAAAGACUUAUUUACCUCAUAUAUAUAAGAUUCCGACUAAAGACAAAUACCAAACUAAUCAGUUUGUGAUUUUUCUGUCUAAAAUUGAUGAAAAUCAUGCACAAUAUUGCUUUUAUAAUUUGAAUCAAAUUUAAAUAAAAUCUGCAGAGCAUUUUAAAGAGAUGGAUCAGGUAGUUUGCAAUAAUAAAUGUUCACUUUAAAGUGUCGAUGCUGGUAAAGUAAAAACAAGCGACGUGCACAGGUGAUUAUAACAGAUUUGGAUGAGCAAAACAAAUGUGUGCAUCGUUUAUUUUAUAUAUUUUUUUUAUUCAGGAACAAAUUAUGAGCUUUAGGGUUCUUAAACAAAGCCCAAAAAAAACAUUUUUGUUUCUUUUCAUGAAAUGUUGUUCCUGAUGAAAGUGUUGCUAAUUCUAGCCUUUAUUUUUUAUUUUCCUUCAAGCCCUCAUUUUAGCACUGUUUUUAUUUCCAGGUCCUAAGUAGAUAAUUUUUUUGACAGACCUGGAGAAGCGGGUGCCUUGGAGGUAUCAAAGGACAAGCCAGAGUAACUGCCUUAAACUGUCCCUCUACCAGAAUGUGUUGAUAAAUGCUGUUUAUAUCAAGUCUAAAGUGGCCUUGCUUGCCUCCUAAUGGACGCAGGUGUUGAACAUCAAAGUGGCUUUUCGAAAUAUUCACCAAGUAAUGUGUAAAUAACCCCAUUCUCUGUUUAAUUUUGAAUUUUGUUCAAUAAAAUUGUAUCAAAUCGG